CCCUUUUGAGAAAGUUAGGACACAACCAAAACUGACUUAUAAUCACUACAUGUCUACGUACAAACACAAAUUCACCGAGUUGUACACCCGGACGGUUGCUCAUAAAUCUCUUAGCCUAUUUAUCAUCUGGACAAGUCUUCCAGGCACCAGUAGAACUGAAACAGUCGAGUCCAUCAAUCACAUCGGCCACACCGUCUCUUUUGGACGACUGAGAAGUCAUGUGCUGUCCUCGGUAAUCAGCAGUCAUGUUGUUGCAGAUCCUCCUGAGCUCAUCCACGCUUCCUUUCUGCGCGUCUCGCGCUGUGCCUCGCGCAGGGCGGCCUCUCAUUGGCUGUCUGCGGACAACCAGGAGCAAGUCGCUCUCCUCGGUGCUGAAAUCGCUGCUCGUCACGAUAAUGUAAACGGAGAUGAGGCCAAACGGAGCGUCAGCUAAUAAACAUCAAAAUGGACGAUGAUCUGUUCCAACUGAGACAACUUCCUGUUGUCCGUUUCCGUCGCACAGGGGAGAGUACACGCUCUGAGGAAGAUGUUACAAACAGAGACCAGGAUGUCAGGAUAGCAGAUAAUACUGAUAUGGAGUCUGUGGCCCUUGCAGAAGGAGCACCAGUACCUCGAGAGUUUGCCAAUCCAACAGAUGACACAUUCAUGGUAGAAGAUGCGGUAGAGGCCAUAGGCUUUGGGACAUUCCAGUGGAAACUCUCCAUCCUCACUGGUCUAUCCUGGAUGGCUGAUGCCAUGGAGAUGAUGAUCCUCAGCAUCUUAGCCCCACAACUGCACUGUGAAUGGCGAUUGCCAAGCCUUGAGGUGGCACUGCUGACAUCGGCAGUUUUCAUUGGGAUGAUGAUCAGCUCUUCUCUUUGGGGAAACAUAUCUGACAAAUAUGGCAGAAAGACCGGUUUGAAGAUGAGUGUUUUUUGGACUAUGUUCUAUGGCAUCAUGAGUGCAUUUGCUCCCAUUUAUGGGUGGAUUUUGGUCCUCCGUGCGCUUGUGGGUUUUGGUAUUGGAGGAGCACCACAGUCGGUGACCCUGUAUGCUGAAUUUCUGCCCAUGAGGUCUAGAGCCACAUGCAUCUUGCUGAUUGAGAUAUUCUGGGCUCUGGGCACUGUCUUUGAGGUCCUCUUAGCGAUUUUGGUGAUGCCCACUCUGGGCUGGCGCUGGCUCCUUGGUCUCUCUACCAUUCCUCUCUUCAUUUUUGCCAUUCUGUGUUUUUGGCUACCGGAGAGUGCUCGAUACGAUGUGCUGACAGGGAACCAGGAGAAAGCUCUGGCCACACUGAAGCGCAUCGCCACAGAGAACGGAGCCCCCAUGCCUCUGGGGAAACUAAUUGCUGCCAGACAGGAGGAUCGUGGAAAGAUUCAAGACUUAUUUUCAUCACACUUCCGCUGCACCACAGUUCUUCUGUGGUUUAUUUGGUUUGCAAAUGCCUUUGCUUACUACGGACUGGUGCUGCUCACCACAGAGUUGUUUCAGGAGGGAGGUGCUUGUGGAAUGUCCAAAGGUAAUAAGGAAGAGCUCCGAUGCAGCUUGGAGUGUAAAUAUCUGAAUUCUGAUGACUAUAAAGACCUUCUGUGGACCACAUUGUCUGAAUUCCCAGGACUGCUGGUGACACUGUGGGCUAUUGAUCGACUGGGAAGGAGGAAGACCAUGGCAUUGUGUUUCUUGGUCUUCUCUCUGUGCAUUAUUCCACUUUACGGCUGUGUUGGAAGAGCCUCUAUGACGGUACUGAUAUUCAUCGCCAGAGCUUUUAUUGCUGGAGGGUUCCAGGCUGCCUAUGUUUACACUCCAGAAGUGUACCCAACAGCAACCAGGGCUUUAGGUCUGGGAACAAGCAGUGGAAUGGCUAGAGUUGGUGCCCUCAUCACACCUUUUGUUGCACAGGUGAUGUUGGAAUCCUCUGUGUACCUGGCUCUCUCGGUGUACUGCUGUUGCUGCCUCUUUGCCGCCAUUGCUUCCUGUGCACUGCCAAUUGAGACCACAGGCCGGGGUCUGCAGGAGUCCAGCCACCGUGAAUGGGGACAAGAGAUGAUAGGCCACAGCUCAGGUGGCAUCCCACAUUCUAGCUCUGGCUCUGGCUCGCAGGGAUGAGGACGCAUCGGAGUACAACUGAGAGGCAACAGCAGUAAUGAGAAGAGGCGAGAAAGCUGCACCAGCUCUCUGGGUUCUCUUCUAUGUUCCUUCUGUUUAGAGAGCACAGUGGCGUGAUAAAUCCAGCAACACAAUUUUUUUUCAACACUUCACUCUUAGUCUUUAAACACCAUUGCUGUCAUAAAGUUGCCACUGCAUAACUGCACAAAUGGUGAUUAGAAAGACCAAAUGACCUUAAAGGCAAGAGUGAAUCGUGGAUAAAAUGAAAUAUUCUAAGGAGUGUGACAGAGUUAACAUUUAGAUUCAAAAGAACUACCUUCUUUUAAGAGCCUUAAAACAACCUAUUCAGUUUAAGACCGAGGUAACCACCAUGGACCCAAUGAGAAAAGCUGCUUCUGUUAGCAUCCUGAGCAUAGAUAGUGCAUAUAGGAAACAAGAUUAUCUUGCACACACAAAUUGCCUACUGGAAUACACAAAAUAUGCUUUACAAAAAGAGCAUCGUUGGAAGAAAAGAUAACUCUUCAAAUCAAGCAAACAUUCAGAUAAAGCAAAGUCUGGCAAUUAUUUUUAAUUGUAAAGGUUUGGGUGAAAGGAUGUACUGUUCAGUUAGGCACAAACAUUUGUACAUACAGUAGACAUCUUCAUUAAAUUGCAUGUUUUCUGUUUGUUCCUUUUCUUGUGUCCACAUUUUAACAAGAGAGUUAUUUUUUCCAGCUAAAGAGAUGAGUAAAAUACAGGUAUUCCGCUGGUAAUAUUGAGAGUUUAAUCAUUUCAUUGUUGUAGCUGGCAGAUCUGGUAAAACCAUCACGUCAGCAAGUUCAGUGAAAUUAUACUGCUAACACUUUCUAAUUACCACACAAAUGGAGUGAGUCCACUGAUCGCUGAUCUCGCCUAAACAUGGAUGCUCCUUUCUCUGCAUAAUCCCACAGUGCAGGUGGAACUUUGCUUUCUUGAAGUGCCCUUUUGAUGAAGUCAUUUAAAAUGUACAACACUGAAAUUACUGACAUUACAGUAGCAAACAUUUGGACACACAUACUCUUUCAAAGUUCAUGGGUAAAUUUGACGGGUGCUGUAUGUCAUCCAGUUGUGGAAGAUGUAUGCUUUAUUUAAGUAAAAGUACCUAAAUAUCAA